CGCUCUCCGAGUCCUCCGAGUCCUCCGAGCGCCAGACAUCUCCCUCUCGCCGCCAUGAAGGUCCUGGCUUGUGUUGUCCUCGCCGUGCUGGUGGCUCUGGCCUCGGCCGAGGAGGCCCAGAAGGACAAGAGGUACGUGUCCGGUCUGGGCUACGGCGCCAUCCCCGCAGUCGGCUACACCGGCUACGGCUACUCCGGCCUGGGCUACGCCGGCGUCCCCGCCGCCGGCUACGCUGGUCUGGGCUACUCCGCCGCUGCCUACCCCGGCUACGGCUACUCCGGCCUGGGCUACGGCUACCCCUACGGCUACUCCACCUACUGAGCCACGCCUCGCCGCUCUGACGACCUCCCCCCUCACCCCCUCAUCCACCGGCUCGAGACCACUGGAUCCCGGCCUUGCAAUGUACCGAGGAAACAUUCUAAAUUUACUGCACUGUGAUAAAUAAAUCCAUUUCCCAUCCAA